AUGAUCUCGAUCGUCAGCGUGCGGCUGCCGACGGGCGACACCCCCGUGUCGACCGUCACGCUCGAGCCGUAUGUGCUGCUCAAGCGCGGCGAGACGGUCCAGUCCGCGGAGGACAUGCCCUCGGAGGGCGACCCCGCAGGCGCCAGCCCCUGGCAGCUCCGCUCCCGCUGGUUCCGCAGCUCGAUCCCGCGCGGCGGCGCCGUGUGCAGCGUGCACCCGGAGAAGGAAGCGACAAUCCAGUGCACUGUGUGCCUGCGCUCCAAGGUGGCGCAGCACCUGUCCUACCACUGCUCGCCCGAGUGCUUCCGCAGCAGCUGGGCGCAGCACCAGGAGUACCACCGCCAGGCGGCCGCCAACUUCGCGGCCCUGGGACCCCGCAAUGCUUGA